AUGGGCGUGGCGCGGCGCAAAGGCCGGCGCGCCCCAGUGCCCGGCGCCUCUGGCCGGGGCAGUCCGCCCAGUCUCGUCCGCGGCCGCGUUCAUAGCAUGGCAGGCCUUGGGCGGCCGGGCCCGGGGCCGCGCGCCGCGAUGCCCGCCUGGAAGCGGGAGAUCCUGGAGCGGAAACGGGCCAAGUUGGCCGCCCUGGGCGCCGGCGCAGGGCACGGCGCUGCGCCCGCGGGGCCGGACGAGUGCUUGGUGCUGGCGGAGAGCCUGGGUCCUCUGCGCGAGAACCCGUUCAUGCGGCUCGAGUCGGAGCGGCGGCGCGGGGCGCGGCCGGCGCAGCAGCUGCUGGAGCUGUACCGCCGUGUGCCCGGAGUGCGCACCAUCCGCGCGGACAACAUCCUCAUCAUCGAGUCGGCGCCCGGCUUCCCGCCCGCCGCGCCGCCCGCCGCCGGCAUCCGCGCCGCCGAGGUGCUGGUGUUCGAGGCGCCGCCGCCGGGCCGAGUCAGCCGCCUGCUGGAGAAGUUCGACCCACCGGCCGCGCCCCGCCGCCGCGGGAGCCCCGAGCGCGCCCGCCCUGCGCCCCCUGCUCCGCUGGCGCCCCCGGCUCCGCAUGCGGGCCAGCGCACCGCCUGUUGCGAGCCCGGGCGCCUCGGUGGCGGGGCCGGACCCGUGACCCGGCGUAGCGACUUCCUGAAGAAGACCGGCAGCAACUCCUUCACCGUCCAUCCCCGAGGCCUGUCCGGCGGCGCGGGCACUCGCUCACUCUCCAACGGGCCCGCGGACCCCGAGCUCCUGGGCGGCCCUGCCAACGGGCUCGCAGGCUCCCCACCUGCGCCCGGCGAGUGGAAGCCAAAGGUGGAGUCGGGGGAGCCCUCCCUCCACCCGCCCCCUAGCCCUGGGACACCGAGUGCCACUGCAGCUGUGCCCCCUGCCUUUCGCGUGCCCAGCCGCGCCAGUGCCACUUCCACUCCCAGCCAGCGCCUGAGAGUCUCUGCUGCCACCAGCGCCAAUGACUCUUUCGAGAUAAGGCCAGCCCCCAAGCCAGACAUGAAGACCAUUCCUUUGGGGGACCUCCAGGCGCGAGCCCUGGCUAGCCUCCGUGUGAACUCCCGCAACUCCUUCCUGUUCAUCCCCAAGCGCAAGGCUGGGAUUCCUCUUACCCCGGGGGAGCAGUUGGUGGGGCUGCCAAAGCGAGAGACGGGCUGGGCCUCCCAGAGCUCCGCACCCCUAGCCCAGCCGGUAUCUGGCGGGGAUGGUGUGCCUGCCCUCCCAAGGAGUCCCUCUAGGGUUGAGGUAAAGUGCGCAGUGGAGGAGGGGAGCUGUCCCAGGCCAGCCACCACCCUCACAGACAGGGCCAUGAGGUGGCAGAGGCCAUCCUCUCCCCCUCCAUGCCUACCAGCCACUGCUGAGGCAGAACCUGCUGAGCGCUUGGGGAUUCCCAGCUGCGCCAAGGACUGUGGGGAGCAUUCAAAGCCAGGACUGCCCAUCACCUUCAUUGAUGAGGUGGACUCGGAGGAGGAGGCUCCCCAAGAAGCCAAACUGCCCUGCUCAGGGGUCGAGGUGCCUCUCCAGUACCACCUACACCGUGCCAGGCCUGAGCACUCCUCAGAGGUCCAGCACCGAGGCAGCAACACGUUCACAGUGGUGCCCAAGAGAAAGACAGGGGCCCUGCAGGUGCCACGUUUGGAUCCAGCCAACGGGGAGUCCCAACCACAGCAGGCUGAGGAAGAGGAGGCUGGCAACCUCUCAGGACCCUGUGCUGCCCUGGGUACCACACUGAAGAAGCGCUACCCUACUGUGCAUGAGAUUGAGGUGAUUGGUGGCUACCUGGCCCUGCAGAAGUCCUGCCUCACCAAGGCUGGUUCCUCAAGAAAGAAGAUGAAGAUCUCCUUCAAUGACAAGAGCCUGCAGACUACAUUUGAGUACCCCUCGGAGAGCUCCCUGGUGCAGGAGGAAAAGGUGGAGGCUGAAGAGGAGGAGGAGGAGGAAGGAGAGGAGGGAGAAGAGGAAGAGGAGAGGCUUGGCUCAGAGAAGCCCUUUGCCCUCUUCCUGCCCCGUGCCACAUUUGUGAGCAGCGUGGGACCUGAGAGCCCCCGGCUGCCAGAUGGCAGCUCAGGCCUGUCCAGCUAUACUCCAAAGCACUCCAUGGCCUUCAGCAAGUGGCAGGAGCAGACGCUGGUGCAGGCUCCAAGGGAGGCAGAGCCCCCACCCAAGGAGGUCAUGCUCACACCCGCCAGUCAGAAUGACCUCUCCGACUUCCGCAGUGAGCCUGCUCUCUAUUUCUGACACCUGCGCUGUCAGGAUGGCCAAGGCUGAGCCCCAGCUGUGACCCUGGGAGCCAGACCGUGCCCGGGAGCCCUACCCUGACUUUGUACUGGUUGCCUCCUGGCCCUGCUCCACCACCCCUUCAUUCCUGUGGCCUCAGAGCCAUGCUGGCUCCAGAAGCAUCUGGGGUUUCUCCCACUGUUGGGGCCAAGUCUGUCUGGGUUUCAUCCUGGAUUUGGGGACUUCAAGGAAGAGCAGAAGUGGGGGACUUCCUGUGGGGAGGGUAGGGGCCUGAGCAGAUUCCGUCCUAGGCUGCCCUGUGUCCCAUCUCCAAGGCCACCUCCUCCCUGCUGCUGUGCCCGGUAGCUAGUGGGCACAUCUGGGGUCAGGGGCUGUCCCAGCUGCUGUCCUUUGCAGGAUUUCUAGCCCCUUGCCCUCAGCUCACAUUCCUACCAUUGUGGAGCUUGACCCACCCUCUGACAGACGUCAGGUCUUUUCUUGUCUCUGAUGUCGGACUCAAUAAACAGCACUGGAUAAGGCC